GCUCAGGGCCGGGGAUUAAAUAGAGAAGCAGUCCCGGCACGAUGACAGCAUCCAGCACAUAGAUAUCACCCCACCCCACCCCACCUCACCACCACCCCAUCAUCCCCAUCCGGUCUGGGGAGCACGACGCGGAUAUUUCGGGGGAGAGACAAUCGCUGUUUGUCUUGACAUUCUCCGCAUCAUUCUCCGCCGAGCCUCCUCUUAAAAAACCACGAGGUGGCUACGCCAGACUAGGACCAGCACCGAUGAUCACAAGGUUCCCCCUUCACCUCCUUUCAGCCAAUCCUGGAGGGGCUGCGGAGCUGAUGUCUCAGAGGGCGAGCGGCUGUCUGUGUUGCGGAGUCCUAAAGAGGCAAGCUUCAUCGCGAUAAAUGGAGGAGAAGGAGCGGUGUCGGAGCAGGUCUCCAGCUCGCAGGGCAAGCCGGGUUCAGCAGGUGGUGGGAACCAUAAUACGUCGUACUCGAGAAUCACUGAGCAGAGAGCGGUUGCUAGGCGAUGGGAGGUCGCAGCGCUCCAACAGUCUCUCCAAUCAGAAUUACCAAGCCAAACUGUCACUGCAGAUCACCAGGGAUCCUGUGCUGGAUCGAAGUACCGGGCAUGGAUUCACCCUCACCACAAACACACCCCUGCUGGUCAGGGAUGUGGCCACAGGGAGUCCUGCAGAUGGGAUACUCUACCCUGGGGACCAAGUGUUGCAGAUCAAUGAUGCAGAGUUGGAGGAUUUGAACGGUGACCAGGUGGAAAACAUAUUAAGGAACUUGGAGGACUGCAUAACAGUGACGAUCCUACGGCACAUGACUAAUCCUAAAUCAUCCAUCAUGUCAGCAGAGAAGAGAGCCCGUUUGAGGAGUAAUCCAGUUAAAGUGCGCUUUGCAGAAGAGGUGGUGGUCAAUGGGCACACUCAGGGAAACUCUCUUCUCUUCCUGCCUAAUGUUCUAAAAGUCUAUUUAGAAAACGGACAGACCAAGGCCUUCAAGUUUGACCAUACCACCAGUGUCAAGGAUAUUGUUCUGACUCUGAAGGAUAAACUAUCCAUCCGGGCUAUUGAAUACUUUGCACUGGUCCUAGAGCAACAGUACAGCAUCACCAAACUACUGCUGCUGCAUGAAGAUGAGCUUAUACAAAAGGUGGUGCAGAAAAAAGACUCCCAUGACUACAGAUGUCUAUUCCGCGUGUGCUUCAUUCCCAGAGAUCCUACAGACCUGCAGCAAGAGGACCCCUUUGCCUUUGAGUACCUAUUUUUACAGAGUGUUGGUGAUGUACUACAAGAGCGCUUUGCUGUAGAGAUGAAGUGUAACACUGCACUCCGCCUCGCUGCCCUGCACAUGCACGAGAGACUGGAUAGCUGUGGACUGACCAGGACCUCCAUCAAAGCCAUUACGAAGGAGUUCGGCCUUGACAGCUUCAUUUCUCCCACGCUGCUGAGCAACAUGAGGGAGAAGGACCUAAGGAAAGCAAUCAGCUACCACCUCAAAAAAAUCCAGUCUCUAUUAGAGCCUCGCCAGAAGGUGAUAUCUGCUUCCCAGGCUCGGCUAGCCUACCUCACUCAGCUGGGAGAGCUCGUUUCUUAUGGAGGACGAUCCUACUCAGCGACGAUGAUGCUUCAAGAAAGGGAGGUGUUGGUCAGCCUGUUGGUCGGAGCCAAAUACGGCAUGAGUCAGGUCAUCAACCACAAGCUCAAUGUGAUCUCUACAUUGGUUGAGUUCAGCAGCAUCAGCCGUGUGGAGUUGCUCUCUGAGUCGGACAAAGUCAGCCUGCUGCGCAUCUCACUGCACGACAUGAAGCCCUUUGCCUUACUGAUGGACUCUCUGGCAGCCAAAGAUCUAGCAUGUCUGCUGGGAGGGUACUGCAAACUCCUGGUGGAUCCCGCUCUCAAUGUCUUCCGAAUGGGGCGCCCCAAAGUGAGGGUGCACCGAAUUGCUGCUGAAGAAGGUGUGUUUGAGAAGUUCACCGUAGUAGAGGGCACGUGCUAUGAAUCCCUAUCAAGUUAUGUGUCUCGCUGCUGUAGUGACUCAGACGAAUCAACAGAUGAGGAUGACCCGAUGGACUCUCAGAAUUACAAACACCAUGACCCAGCAAGUCAGGACUGGGAGGAAAGGCGGAGGACAGAGGAAGAAAAGAGAAAGGAGGAAGACAGACAAGAGAGGGAGGAGCACAAAGGCAAACAGGAAGUGAAGAUAGUCGUGACAACCGAAGGUCAAGAAUACGUGGGUGAAAAGGAACGAGGCGCUUCAGGAAGCGGUCUGUACAAAGUGAUGAAUGAGGAACUGAAUCCAGAGAACACCUGGUACCACACGGAUCUACGGGUGACCAGCAGCUUUUCCAGCUUGUCUAGCAGCUCUUUGAGUGCAGCCCUAGAGGAGAGCAGUACUGCAGUCAAAGCUCUCACUCGUUUGGAUGCGUCGUACACAAGAGAGAAUCCCCAUACUUUGGAUGUUCAUCGACCAUACCUCCUGGAACCCAAAGGGCUCAAAGAACCGUCCCGACCGACGAAUCUCAAUUACCGGGGCGGCAACAGCUCUUGUGUUUGUUUCACUGAGCUCUCGAAAGCUGACUUUCUCUCAAGCCCAUCAGGAGCGACAAGUGAUGAUGAGGAGGAGGAAGAGGAAGAGCAGGAAAGGAUGGUACUGAGGCGCAUUUCUAAGAUCCCGAGUUCAAGAGAUUUAAGAAUGAUUGACAGCACACCGUUUGAAAGAGCGCCCAUUAAGCGAAAGAAGAAGACCCCUCCCAAAGUCCCAAUACGAACCAGUUCCAUUCCAGGCCACAAAGCAGGACAAGCAGAGCAGCGUGUCUCCAAAGAUGAAGAAUCUCUUUUCCAGACACCUUCCCCCAACCCCAAACCAGCUCUUUCGGUGAAAGACAAUGUGUCCGAGUCUGAAGAGGAGUUUUUCGAUGCACAAGAAAGAUUCACUCCACCAGUUCCAGAUCUCUCAGACGUAGAGCUUGCGGAUCGGCGCAAUGCAAAUCGACUGAGUGGAACAUGGAAUUCUCUUGGAGCUUCUUUGGAAAAAGAACCAUCGUCACCCCUUUCUAAUAAUGUAAAACCUUCUAAGAUCAAGAAAGAAUUAGAGGAGCCUAAAUGUCCCACAAGUACAGCUAGUAACCUUGUCAGUAAACCAUAUACUACAGAGAAACCUGUAGCUAAAGUCAAACCACCUUUGGGACCUAAACCCCAGCUCCCCCCCAAACCUCAGAAUAUUCCUCCCAAGUCUCCAAAACAUGGGAAAUCAUAUGCCCACUGCAAUGGGGAUGCCUGUGGACGUCUGUCUUCUGACCUCCUGGAAAUGGAGCCGGACACGAUGGAGUUCAAGUCGGUCACAUACACAGGAGGCACGGGAGGGUUGGCACUGUCCACGCCACUCAUCACGGCAGUGCGAUGUACCAAACCAACAUUACCGGUCACAGCACUACAAACCAGGGAAGAACAGAAAAAUAGGACAAAAGACAAUGGACAGCAUAUCAUUUCCAAAGACAAAACUUGCAUACCUGAACCUGAGGAGACAAAAAGUAACGGGACUGUGAAACCCCCACCAAAUGUACCCACUAUCCCUCGCUCAAAUUCCAGUACUAAAUUAUCCGCCCCUCCUCCAGUACCACCAAAACCCACUUCUCCAAAAAUUCUCCAUCAUUUAUCAUUAGUUGCUAGCUCUACAGUCUCUCCAACAGAUCCCAACAAAAGCAUCAUCAUAGACGGUACAAGUCCACCAAACGGUAUUCACCCCUGGAGUAGCCGCAAUGGUAGCGUUCAGUCAGGACCAAGGAGGGUCUCCGUGAGCCAUGAGAGCCUGUCACCCAAAAAUGCAGAGGCAUCAAUUGCCGCCUCCCUCACCUCAAACAAAACGGUUAUUGGCCACGAAAGUAGGGAUGAGCGAAGAUCUGGGUCUGGCUCAGAUCUUAGAAGUAGUUCUUCCAGUCUUGGAGGCAGACUGUCUGCUUCUGCUCUUAGAGGGAAGAUUCAGGCGCUUCCCUGGUACAUGACCCGCUCACAGGAGAUUUUAGGGACUCUGGACUACCCCUCUACCAGCUCAAUCAAUGGUGAUACCUCUGGGUUUGGGUCAGGUUUAUCUGUAGCAAGUGGGUUGUCUGACACGAACAAAACCCCUGUAAAGGAGAAAGAAACAGAAACAGUGGUUUCGAAACCUGGCGGGAGAGGGAAUAUUUUAGAGGAUGGUGCAGAGGUUGUCAUCGCUACCAUUAAAGAGGCAGGGGAAGUGACUUCAUACAUGAGAAAGAUCCAUGGGACGAAUGGGUCACAUCCUAAUCUCAAUUUCGCUAGCAACAGUGCGCACAAUGUUUCAUCAGAGCAGCCGCAAUCACGGACCCAUUCAGGAGUGGGGAUGGGAGGCAUAUCCAACAUGCAGAUCGGGGGAGACUCGCCAACGUCUUCCCUCGGAGACAGCACCCCUCCACAGCAGAGGGAGGUCUGUGGCUGCCGUACCGUUUACGCCAACUGUUUCAGCGGCGACAACGAGGACGGCAUCAGCUUUGACGAGGAACUCACCGUGUACGAGUUCUCUCGUCGCACACGUCCAAAAACAGCACGACCUCCUCCUGUCCCCUCACCCACCACGCCCCCUCCAAAUCCCAAUAUCCUGUCACUGCUGAGAGACAAUCCACGUCCCUUGUCUACUCUCUCCACUGCUUCUUCAGAACUCAGUCCUCUAGUGUCUUGUCCGGUGUCUCCGUCAACAUCUCUCCGGGGUCCCCUUCAUUCCCUCACUAACAAGAACUAUGGCGGCCUGAAAGGAGGUUUUGUCUCCCUGCGACAAGAUAUUGAUCAGCUUUUGCUGGUUUUGGAGAGCACGCUACCUGAACAGCUGCAAACAAACACAUUUUUAAAGCAAGAUGGCACAGGGCCCGACCCGAAUCACAACGGAAGUGAAGGUAACACUACGCAAACAUCAUGUUGUAUGGGAUUCAGUCCCAUUAGCAUGACAGAGGCAGAGAGGAGUCUUCUCCAAACAGAGGCUCGACGACUGGCGUCCGGGUGUCAGCGGGCCACACGUGUCGGCUGGGCUCCCGAUGAAGCCCUGAGGUCAUUGUCCAACAGCUUUGGUGCGUUGGUUCAGCUAUCGGCGGCGUGCAUGCGAACCAAUCCGUGCCCUGGCUGCGAGAGCUGCCAUAAUGUUAGCUUAGAUGAUGACAGUCGGGAACCUAUGGAAAAGUUGAAAGAGAUUGUGGCUCUGUACCGAGAGUUUGUUGGAGCUGUUGAGACAGCUGGAACUGGUGCUGGGGGCAGGAGCGCGGGCCUAAAUGGUUCUGGACAAAGCCAAGGAGAAGGCGAUGGCGUGAGGCUGCUCGCCAAACGCUGCACUGUACUCAUCUCUUCCGUGUUCGCGCUAACACAGCUCUUCCGGACACCCGCAUUGGUCUCCUCUGAUACUCCCAGUGGUCUACCCCUGAACUUUUAACCUUCUAACCUGCCAGACUGUUAAAACACUGAAUUUAGAGGUACGAAAGGUAUGGACCAUUUGUUCUUGUACAGUAAGUGCCAUGCACAUGCACACCACACAUGAUAACACAUUAAGCCCACAAAACCCUAAAUGAGGAGCGGAAACUUUGCCUGGCCUCUUUGUGGAUGCAUAUGGACUAUGCAUUUGUACAUAUGAGUUUUAUAACUCUUAUAUUUCUCUUAUUUUAUUACAACCUGUGUAUGUAUGUAAGGAUGAAUUGCCAAUUUAUGUAUUUAUGUAUUUAUUUUUUACAGUAUUUGCACCGUGGUCUGUGAUGUUCAGGUCUCUGGUGGUUAAAAAAAAAAUGAAACUAUGGAUGUCACUGGAUUUUUUUUUUAAUCUGACCCUAUAUUUAAAACAGUAUUAUAUUAACUUUCUUUCACUCCACAAGGUGUAAUCUGUAAAUGGUCUCUUUUGUAAUUAUAACGUUUUACUACGAACAAUCACAAAUGCAGAAAGAUAAACACAUUUGUUUUAUAUGUGCAGGUUUGCACGAUUCUCUUUUUCCAACAUAGCAGUAACAUCCAACUUGCAUUGGACAAUACCAUUACAAAUCAGGGAGAGUACUUGCAACUGUUACAGAUUGCACCUUUUUUUCCAUAAGUCUCAUAACCUUGUGUUUUUCUACAUUUUCCUCUUGUCCUAACUGAGCAUCUCUGAAACACUAAAACAUUAUGCAGUAUUAUAACGUAGUUUUCAUCCAAAGGCUAUCAUAUACAGUAUAUAGACAGGAUAUAUUUUCUGGAAAUGUGAGCGUAUGGACCAUGGUGUAAAACAAAGGAGCGUAUAAAUAAUGAAAUAUUUUGGCAAGUUAGAAAAGUGACUGUUGACGCUGUUUUGAUGUAGCAAUGAUCCAGUUUUAAAACACUUAUCCAAACUGUCUCCUGUGUUCUCUGCUUCAGUGACAAAUGCUCUACACUGCGGUCCAACAUUGAUGUUCUUAUCUGUCUUAUGUCACUACUUUAGUUCAUGACUAUGCAAACUCCUCAUCUCUCAAUACUUUUUGUCUUUUUGUGCCAAUAUUGAAAAACACAACUGCAUUAUGUUUGUCUGAAAAUAAUGGGUGCUUUGUUGACCUGUGUGUCAAUUUUGGAGAAGUUAACUGCAUUUGACUUGCAACAUUCGGCAAAGUUGCAUGACAUUUGAAUUUGUCAAUAUAAAGACUCCAUACUGAUGUCUGUGAGUUGUCAGUCUUCACUUGAUCUGGGAAAAACAGAAUGUUGGUUUACAUGCUCAUACAAAUGAAAUCAGUGAGACUAUAUUGUUGAAGAUGGUGUAUUUACGAAAUGGUGACAGACUCAGGAAGAAAACCAGUGUCUGUUGCCCCUCACAACUACCUAUCUGGUUUAUAGAUAAAAAUAGUAACACAUAAAUUUUCAUCUGCAGUCAUGUAGACUGUAGCCAGGUUUAUGCAGAAGUAGGCUUAGAAAGAAAUGUAUUGUGAAUAAAUGACACAUGAACCUUUAAACCAUAAUAUAUUCUGGUUUGAUACAUCAAAACGUUUUUUUUUAAGUCCAGAUUCUAAAUCUCUGGUUCUUACUUAUUCUCUCGAGAAUGUUUACUGCAGAACUCAUCAUUCUCUCUUUCACUGGGCAGCAUGUCGAUUGACAACACUUAUACACUCUCUUUAAAGCGGAGAGCUUUUAAUUUUGUCCCAAUGAGAAACACUUGAGCCGAGAGGCUUUGUAACCACAGCUGCUCAGCAGUCCAGCCUGAUCCAAAGUCCCCCUUCCAAGUCAAGAUUGCGCUUAAUCUGAUCUUUAUCUGUCUGACUUUUUGAUUCCGUAAUCUAGAAGUCUGCAGUGAAUCACAUGUUAAAGACACAUUCUCUGAUGUGACCCAUUUCUUUAAACACAAAAAGGCUGGUGUUUAACAGGUUACUGCAACGACAGGUUACGCAAGUAAGAAAAUGGGUUAAAUUGUGUUAAAUAAACGGCCAACGGGGCGGAAGCCAAUCUGUCCUGCGGGGUUGUUCUGCCUGACAGACACAUGUAGCUCAUUCCUACUUUACAUAAAGAAUCACAUGCUUUUACUUUCACAUC